AUGGUCGAUAUUGGCGAAAAAUUCUCAUCAUUCAAACAAAAGCUCGCACUUUGGCGGGAAAAACUGUUUCAAGGAAAAAUUGCUACAUUUACCCUUUUAAGUGAAUUUCUUGAAGAUUCAACAAAGGUAACAUUAAAUGACUUAAAAUUACUGCUUCAAGCAUACUUGGACAAAUUACAGUUAGAACUCGAUCGAUAUAUACCAGAAAACGUAGAGCUCAGUAAAUACAGUUGGUCAUGUCUUAAAAGAAAAUUUUGGGCACAACUUAAAGAUAAACCGAUUUUAUCAAGAGAAUCCAAAAAUGCAUUGCUACCAUUCCCAACCACAUACUUAUGUGAAGCCGGUUUUUCUACGUUAGUUGUCAUCAAAACAAAGUAUAGAAACCGGCUUGACGCUCAACACGAUAUGCAAUGUGCACUUUCAAUGAAUAUACAUCCAAAUAUUGAAGAACUCGUGGAAUAUGUUCAGCAUCAAGGAAAUCAUUAA